CAGUAUAGUUAUAUUAUUCAGUAUAGUUAUAGAGUGCGUGAACUAGGAUGAAGUUAAUAUUAUUGUUACUAAGUGUCUGCUGGGUUUCCCUCGCUUCUUGGAGCCCUGUGUUCCGCAACCCCAUCCACCCCAGCACCCCCAUGCAAUGGCUGGACCCCUGUAGCUGCGUACCUAACUGUACCAACCCCACACCAUCCCCUUGGUUAGAGGUGGGGAACAGGGAGUUGACCGAGGAAAACCUCAUCAUUUGGCUCGUUGACCUGCAAUACUUCGCUGACGAGGCACGAAAUUAUUACGAACUUUUCCGCAAUAAAUUUGUUCGAGAUGUGUUUCAAGUUGAUUACAAGACACACAAGAACGAUUGGAGCAAUCUUGAAUAUAACUGGCUGCCAAAACCACCAAAGAAAUUGGGAGAACCAACCAACAGAGGGUUCUUGGAAAAACUCGAGCUGGACCAGUUCCUAAAAGAUACAAAGAGAUACCUGGAGAUCUUAGCUGUGGGGUUGGAGCAAGUGGUGUGGGACAAUAGACUGGACGAAGCAGAGGGAAAUGUGCAUUACAAAAAGGAGUUUUCAGAAAUGUUUGACAGUAACAAUCUGUUGCUGUGUGAAAUCAGCGGCCUUUUGAAUAGAAGAAAAUUGGAACCAUACCCAAUGGUAAACAGAAGUAUAAUGGAUCAAGAGUACAGAAACAUUGAGAGUGAGAUGCACAGAUAUGUACGUGACUGGAUCGUAUUCAGGGCUUACAUGAAUGUUGUAGAAUACAUUCUGGAUGUGUCGAGUCAUUUCUAUGACAUUACUGGUGCAGAGCUGCGCAAAUAAAGAAAUCAGCAAUCAAUAAUCACAA